UACCUGAGAUCAGGUUAACCACCUUUCCCGGGUCCUUUUGUUUUUGUUUUGUUUUCACUGAAACCGCUGGACGAGACAACUGGUGAGGUCAUUGUUAUCUGUGGUCUUGGCUCUUGUGCGCUUACCUAAAUCAGUUUCCGUCACACUCACUGGUUAGCAUUGGUUUGGGAUGGUUCGUUAAAAUCUUACACCAAAGAAAGCGAAGAGAACAACGAAGGUAUGGUAAACGCAUGUAGUAUAUGGCAGAGGUAUUUCACAGAACGCCGAAUGACUCCGAAUGCCUCUGAUUUAGUGUUUGUAGGAAACUAAGUAUGUCAGGUUCCAUUUACAGGCGCAUUUAGAAUCAUUACUGGGAAAACUGACCUGAAACUUGAUUCACUCAAUUUUGUAACCGUAAUCCCUUAGUUACUACCCUGCGAACAGAGUCUCCUUCGAUCUUCACUCAUCUAGGAAAGAUCGAAGCGACUCUGCUAGCACGGUACUAAACUUCAGUGUCAUUCGGCGCUCUGCAUUUCAUGAUUUUGCGUUUGGCGGUCUGCAAAAAAUCCCUGUCGGAGGAUUUAUGUAACUUAAGUACGACAGCCGAUGACAUAUCUCGUUUUUACGAUUAAAUAAAGAAAGUUCUAGCACCGAUUUGUUUGUCUCCUAAUAUUUUAGUUGUUUAUAAUCUUCCUUUGUGUUCUUGCAUUUUAAUUAACUGACAGCUGGCGAUGACUUUAGAAUACAAUUUUACUCUUCAAAUUCAUGGUGAACACUCUUAGCUACUGUUUGACUAUUCCGCAUGAAUUGGCCAAUUUCCAUAUUUUAGAAUUCAGCCUCAAACAAUUUGAGGCUCUUGGGAUAAAGCAUCUCCAGACAAUUAGCCUUUAAAUGCAUUUUGCAUUAGGCGGGUGCACCCAACGAGAAUAUAGUUUAAAACCACUUAAGCAUACAUGUAGAUAGCGUUGUUGAACAUAUUUUACUAUUUAAACGGUAGAUAUAGGCAUAUUUUUAUCCCCUAAAAAUUUUUCGUCUGUUUGGAUUUUCUAGCUGAAAGUGUAGUGAUCCAAAAAUUAUAGGGAUCGAAUUAACUUUUCGAAAAUUUCAGCCAGAAAAAAGGCUCCCAAAAAUUCUAGGUGACUUUUCUAGGAUAAAAAUCUGUUAAAAAUGGGCAAUAGAGUACUAAAGUGUGACGUCAUAAAAAUGAAAUUCCUGAAAUUAUGGGAUUUGUCAGGAUAUUCUGAAAGAACAAUGUCCAAAACUGAGCAUUUGGGGGAAAAUUGUCUCUGAGAUCGUAGCCCAGUUAUGCUUACAAAACUCCAUACAAACCCUUCUAAAUUUUUUGUGGGUUGACCCAAAAAAAAUUAGAAGGGUUUGUAUGGAGUUUUAUGAGUAUAACUGGGCUACGAUCUCAGAGACAAUUUGCCCCCAAAUGCUCAUUUUUGGCAAGUUGGCCUCUUGGACAUUGUUCUUUCAGAAUAUCCUGACAAAUCCCAUAAUUUCAGAAAUUUCAUUUCUAUGACGUCAUCACUUUAGUACUCUAUUAUACCAUUUUUAAGAUGUGCGAAAAUCCUAGGAGAGGCAGGCAAGCAAGAAAGUUUACAACAAAUGUUCCGAAAAUUGUAGAUCUUAAAUCAUCUUCCGACCAGACAUUUUCCGAAAAUUGAUGUUGGGUUCCCCUGAUUAGGCAACCACUCAACUGAAAAAUAAGCAUGUCUUUUACCUGUCCCUUGGGAGUAUGUGAUAUAUUCACCUGGUGCCCUGCCCUGUGCCCUCUUGUUCAAGGUAAUUAACCCUUACUUAUGAAACAUGACAAUGGAAGAUCUUUCUCCUCUGUGUGCGGAGGCUCCCACUGGGUAUCCCAAUAAAAAUAGCUAUUAAUCAAAAAAUAUGAAAGUGUAUGGUAGACAAUAAAAAUGGGAAGUGGGGAAAGGCAGUCGAUUUAUGUGGAAUAGUCCACCAUGCAGUAGUUUUAUAAGAAAGAGAUGAGUGACUCAGAGGAAGAAGUAUUCUUAACGUUAAGGCAGAGCGGUUUUGGAGGUUCUUUUGGGGCAUCCACCCUGACAGAUUUUUUGUGUCAGUCGUCUGAUGACAAGUCACAUUGAAAACUAAGACAGUCACUGAUGUAACUUGCAGUUUGACAUUGAAGGUGUUGAGUCAAAUUUGUUUAAAAGUAAGGUAACGAGGUGUGUGACACAAAUUCCUCGCUUGAAGUACAUUUGACAAAUGCUAACAAAGCAAAUGAGGUCCAAGAAAAUGCAGCAAGUCCAUCAGAACCGUAACUCAAAAUUCUGACUUGUUUUGACUGUUUCACUGGGUAGGUUAAAUAUGUUGGGAAGAUUCAGAGCAGGGUAAUAUGAUGAGAGGAAUGUAUGAACAGGGGAAAUAUAUAUUGCAUUACUUCGUGAUUGUUUUUAAUCAUUGUUUCAGCCCCACAAUCCCCUGUUGCAAUCAUAGCUGCCACCAGCUUUUCAGACAGUGAGUAAUAAUUAGGGGUUAUGUCAUAUAUUCCCAUAAAAAGAACAAAGGAAACCAAGUAAAGUGAAAAUAAUUAUGCUUACAUCGUGUAAAUUUCAUUUUUCCAUUACAGAUAAAGCAUGAACAUACAAAUGUACAAGCAAACGCUGAUGCCUCUGCGACUUCUAACAGGUGCAUUUGUCAUUAAUUGAUAUAAAUUGUUAGGUAAACUUCCAUGUUAAAAUUUUUUUGUUGUGAACAACAUCAUCGCUUUUUUUAAUAGUCGUGAACAAAUACAGAGGAUAUUUGAUACAUUUCAUGUACAUAAGUUCACAGGUACCCCAAGCUCACGAGUGAGAAUAGUUGUUGCAUAACAGAAGAAAAGAAGUAGUUAGAGGAGGAUUCUAAUGUGUACUGGGCUAAUUCUGGAGAGUGAAUUUACAUGGCAGAUUUCCUUUAGUUAAUAUGCUAGACCUUUGAUGGCAAGUAAGCAACCUUGGGGAAUUCUAUUUAGAGAGAACAACAACAGAACUAAAACUCAGUGGAAUCGCACUGAAACGGCCAAAUAUGCUAAGAACACACUGUGAAUAAAACAAGGAGACAGGGAAAAAUGUUAUUUUGUUUAUUUAUAAGCUAUUUUUAUGCUCAAAAUAACAAUCGCAAAAAUCCCCAUACAAAGCCUUAUAUUAUUUCUGUUAUGCAACAAUGAUUCUCACUUGUGAGCUUGGAGUGCCUGUGGUGAGUUAUGUGGAGUUCAACCCAUGUGCAGAUAUAUGAAGAACAUUUUAGCUUAUUGUUGGAAAAUCUGAUGUUGGUGGAAACGUAACCAGCAAACGAAAAAAUAAGAAUAAAGAGGAAAAAUCUUACAAACCUAAAGCGAAUAACAAAGGAAAAGAAAACAGUACCAUUGUAUGUCCUUGAAAACAAAUUUCAAACAGCACAGCAAAUCAUUCUAAGUUUCAGUUGGGUAACAAAAAGUCUUGGGAAAUUUCAAACGAGGGUUAAAUGAUUAAACUGGACAAAUAUUUAUCAACAAAGCGAAACUGAACCAACAGUAAUUUUGUAGGUGGACUGGUAAGAGAAACAAUCAUUCUUUAUAUUCCCCCCUAAGUAUUACUGAUUGCUUCAUCUGCAAAGCUGAUUUAUUCUUUUGAAAAAGAUCCCUGAUGACAAACUUCUCUAUUAUAGCAGGUUCAUAAAGCCACAGGAGUAUGAGAACUGACUCUUCUACAGAACCUUGAUACAUGUAUAAACCUUUUCAAGAAAAUAAUCCUUGCAGCAGGAAGGGACCAUUAGAAACUUUAAAUGUUGGAAAAAAGAAAUUCUGUUCCUAUGCAAAAUACACAUGAUAUACUCGUAGGCCCUCUGUCAAUAAGUAUACCUAGUAAAGCAAUAUAUUAUUAUUACUUCACGCUUGUUGGAUAUGAGAUAGUUAUAGCCAACUCAGUGCUACGCCCCUCAUUGGUUUUUUACCACUUCAUAUCCAACGCGCACUGAUGGAAUAAAUUAUUGUUUGACUGUAUUGGCAGCUGACAUUUAAAAUUUCUGCUAAUGGUAGAUUUACACUAUUGAUUUUGAUAGUAUUGGAAUAUUAAAGAACAUCCCAACCAGAAGCUCUCCCUUAAAACAAUAGCUUUUUUUUCUCAGUAUCAUUAGUUGGUCAACAAAUUAAAACAGUGUUAAACAUUAAUUAAUUUUUUGUGUGCAUUACAAUGUAAAUAACGUAACAGUGUCAGUUCAGCGUUACAUGUAUAAUGUUGUAGUUAAUUGUUUUUGGGUAUGGUAAUGUAAGCUAAUGAAUUUGAAACAAAGGAAACUAAAGUAAAAAAUUAACUGCAACAUACACCUAUAUCUGAUUCAGUACCGAGUUAUUAGAUUUAUAGUCAUUCAGGGUUUGCAAAUACGCCAAAUUUGGCGUAGUUUACGCCAAAAUUGUUUAGAUGACUCCACCGAGGUUACGGAGGGAGUCACUUUGACUCCAGAAAUUUCGGUAACAAACAGUUUUGUCCUUACCUUUUUCACAACAAAUACAAUUUACAUUAAUUGUAAACAUUGUAAACCUUAAUUAAAUCAUUGAAAUGAAAGAAUUAUACUGCACGACAAAACAGGAAGAGGGUAAAUUACGAUCAAAGUUUAUUCGAUGACCGCCAUCAUGGAUUUGAGCUUUCCAGAUCAGCAGACUGCCACAGCUACUUCGUGUAUCCCUCACGAUAGUGUAUACAUGCCAGGACCAUGUGCUGGAAAGUCUGAAAAUGGUUCUUUUCGUUGUGAUACUUGACUCCAAAUAUUCCAAAAUGACUCCAAAAUUUGUGAAGCAGAAGUCACACUGACUCCACUCAUCAAUAAAAUUUGCAAACCCUGUCAUUUAUCAACUUGAAUAUCACAAAAUCAUUCUAAAUUAUAUUUUCAUUUAUUUUCAGGAUUAAGUUUAUUAGAAAUUGUUCUUGGAGGUGAGGAACUUAGAACUGGUAAUUGAAGGAAUAAUUGUCUCAUGAAUAACAUACUACUAAUACAGCUAUAUAUUAAGUGCAUCUUCAUAGAAGAUGUUCCAGUUGUAGAAUUUCUGAUAUGAUAUGUUCAGGUGUAAUGCUGGGUGACAAUGUCACAUUAAUUAAUUUUGUCAGGAGUUAAAACCUGCACAAAAUCUCACUGCUGAGUGGCAGUGGCUUGAAAAGUGGAGUCCUUAACAAAAUGGAAUUACAUAAUCUGCCUGUUCAAAAUAACAUUAUAAACAUCAUGCAGAGCCUCUGAAGUUGUUACAAAUUAAAGUUUUUCCCUUCCUCUGUUCUUGCUUUGUUUGUGUAAACACUCAAACCUCCCAUGAGCGACAAACCAAAAGGCAAAAGGUUUGCCUUGUUAUCAUCGUUUACAAGAGUCUGACCACACAGGGGGCUCUCUACCCGGAACAGGCCAUACUCUUCCACUUUCUCAACGAUAAAUUUUUUGCAUCACUCACUCACCUAGCCUAUCGUAUUCAUCCUGGCUGGGGCAUAAAAGCAGGCUGAAAUUUGUUGCAUGUGAUAUGUAAAUUUUCUUUCUGAGUGACAACUAAAUGGAAGUUCCAUGCAUACUCAAGUUGCUUUACAUGUGACAGGUCAGUUAUUCAUGAAUAAGGUCUAGGAGACAAAAGAAAUAGGCACUUUGCAGCUUGCUGUUUACAAUAUUAUUGGACCAAAACUGCAGUACUGCAGGUGCACUGGAACAAGAGAAAAAAAGGCUGACAUUUCUGUUAACCCUCCACAAAGCAGCCACCCUCUAUUAAUUAAGCGACCAGUAACCAAAGUUCUGAAAUAAUAAGUUGUAAGCAACAAAAGUAAAUGAAACCUCUAUCAAGCACCCGCAGCAACCCUUUGGCUGUCCCGAUGAGAGGUCUCCUAUUUUGUCACCUCUACUAAAAUACCAGUAAGCAGCUGCCAUCAAGCAGUUUGAUAGACUUAGUAUAGCUUUAUUUGAAAAAUAUGAUGGAAAAAAAAGCAGUGAAAGGUAAAAGGUGAUGACUGACCAGUAAUGCCUUUCUCAACAUGUUUGUUUUGAUGAGGUAAUGAACUAUCUCUAGUUACAGAUUAUGCUACAUGUAAUUAAUGUGAUAAACCUCUGUUGAGGGGCCAACUUCCAUUACAGGGCUGUUUACCAUUACCCGUCUAAGGGUGGCUGCUUAAUAAGGUGCAACUGUAUUGAAAAUUAAAAAGAUUAAAAGAUGGAAUCCAUCAGGAAACUUAGUAAUUUAAAUUUUCAUGGACAAAUCCUUGUACCAGAAUAUAUUGCAUUCCUUUUUACACUUUUCAAGUGCUAUACCUGUAGAUGUAAUUAGUUAUCUGUAAUAACACCAAGACAGUUUCUUAUGCAAGCCCAAGAAAAUAAAUUUCAAAUUUCAUGGGAAUUGAGAAAACGCAGGUAUAAUCGUCAUGUGUAAGAUUUCAUUUGGUGAAGUUUGAAGUUUUUGAAGUUUGUUUUCUCGGGCUCCCAUAAGAACCUUUUCUUUGGAGGCAUUUCAUAUAACUUAUUACAUUUUAUAGCCCACAAAAAGUGUAAAAAAGACUGCAAUAUGCUUGAAAUUAUUCUGGUGCAAGGUUUUUGUCCGCUGAAAUUACUACCAGAACAGGUAGACUAUUUUCCUGGAGAUGUGCGUAACAGUUGCCACUAGCAACAAAGAUGAUCGUUGUUGGUUAUGUGACUUAAAGAUGGCAGCUCAAAAGGCAAACACACGUGAUCAUGCACAUUCCUUCGCAUUUCUUUGCCCACGCUUUGGCUGUCUUUUGUCGUUUAUUCAUUUUUUUUAAAAAUGAACUGGCCCCUGACUCAACUUCCUUGAACUGCUCUUCAAAAUAACCUGACGCUGGAUCCCCACUGUCAGCUGUUAUCAAUUCACAUAUCUUACUAAAGAAGUAGGCUAUUGUCUGUAUGCUCUUACCAUAGUUGUUUAAGACCUUCCUUGUUUGUUUAUGAAAAAGCUUGCCAUCGUCAUUUGAUUUUCAGUAAUGUAAAGAAUAGUGGUCACGUGAGCUUACAUUUGAGGCAUCAGGUAUAGAUCACAUAGGCUUAAAUCAAAUAUGUUUCUCUCCAGCGACAACUGUCAUGUGCGUCUCCGAAAAAACAGUCUACCUGUUUUGGUAGUAAAAUCGUUCUUAAUUUCCUUUAUUUGUUGUCCUGUCCCAGUGCAUCACUUGCUCUCCAACAUGCUGGUUUUGUAUCACGUGAAUGACUAGCUCCAAAGGGCCUAUUGAUCGACAAUAAUAUUGUCAAUUUUGUAACAGAUUGUAAAAGUGUGAUUCCUCAAAAUUAAUUAUGUGAUUAAAAUGAGGUCACUGUAUUGCGCAAAGUUUCACCAUAUUGACUUUGUUUAAUAUCAGAUCAGUUCUGAAUAAACUUUGCUAAUCAUUUUAUCUUACUUUUUUGGUUUUAGCUUUUUGUGACAAGACAUUUUCUAGUUCACUUGGAGCAAUAAUAACAUCACCAGACUAUUACAGUAGGUCAAGUUAUGCCAAUAACCAGAAUUGCCAAUUCGACAUUCGAGUUAGUUCUGGGUAUGCGCUCAAGCUGACAUGGACCACAUUUGAUGUCAAGGGUGAUAUGCCCAACUGCUAUGAUGAUUAUGUGGAGAUUUACAUUGGAUGCAGCCGAAAGUCCAUCGGAAAAUAUUGCUCUGACAACAGCUACAAGCCCCAUAAUAUCUACUCACCAGAUAACUGCUUGCGUAUUAAGUUUAGAAGUGACAGCUCUGGAAGUGGAAAAGGAUUCGUAGCCUCAUAUUCUACAAUCUCGAAGUUUUCUUCGGGUAUGUACAUGUAUAGAUCUACUCCAUAACUACAUGUAAUGGUGGAAUUGGGAUAAAAUGGGAAACUCGACAUCAUACUAGAUGGUAUUCUGUCGGACAGUACGGAAUUACUGAAUAAUAAUAUAUCAUUCAUGACCGUACAAAAAAUGCAAAGGAUGAAAAUAAGUGGUAACUCGGAGUUUCACGUGCUAAGCGAUCCUUGGAGUAAAAGUUCUAAAAACAGAUUUCAGUUUUAAGUGGGAAAUAAAAAAAUUAUGGAUGGUUGGAUAAAAUUUAAAUUGGAGCUGUGAAAAGUGGAAGGGGAUUCCAUGCCUCAUAUUCUACAUUCUCCAUAUAUUCGGGUAAAUGCCUGUUCUAUAACUAUAAACUAACUAACUAACUAACUAACUAACGGUCAGACAGAGUACCAUAUAUAAAUUGAAGGAUGGUAAACUUUGUCUUAAAGUAGCAACGAUUGUCAUAAUAAUAAUAAUAAUAAUAAUAAUAAUAAUAAUAAUAAUAAUAAUAAUAAUAAUGCGAUAAGACUGUAAAACAAUAACCACACUGAAUGGAGCUCAUCACCUAAAGAGUCACUUAGGUGAAAGUUACAGCUUUGUUGUAUCCAUGAGUAAUUGCUGCUGUCAGUGAUAUAAAGAUCAUCUGUGUACAGUAGUAUGCAUUUGUUUCUGCUCCUGUUCAAAAUUGUUGUUUUUCUUCCUUUUUCCUCGUGCCUGCCAUUUUUUUUACCCAGAAACAGUUGCCUUUAAUCUUUUCCGUGAGUGCAAAGGCAGCCUGGAGCCAUCAAAAUUUCACUUUAUUUGCUUGUAAUAUGUAUAGGUAAUGGCAUGAUUAGUAGUGAUAUUUGGCAUAAAUACCACAAGACAGUGAUAUUUCUAAAUUGUUAUACGUAAUUCGCCGUUAGGCGAGUGAAAUUUGAAACAAUUUUGAAAUAUCACGAGUGGUAUUUAUGCCAAAUAUCAAGUACAAAUCAUGCUAUUAUUUGUUUAUACUACUACCCGCAAAAGGUUUGUUAUUUUCACAUGUGGGUAUUUCAAAUUAUGCUGAAAUACCAUUGCUCUAAGCCAAUCAAAUUGCAUUCUCAUGUAGUGGUAUAAAGUUAUGAAUUUUCUCCAGACAAUUAAUAUAUCCGACAAGUGAAAUUUCAGCGUUAAUUUGUAAUUUCACAUGUGAAAUUACAAAAUUGCUAUGGCAACCUUCCAUACGUCUCAGUGUCAAGAUGGCGACCAAGUUUUAAAAUGCCGUGAAUGAAGAUCUCAGGGCACAAAAAUACGCGUUAGAAAACCUGAACACACAAGAGAACAUCAAGAAGGAUUCUAACGGGUAUUUUGCCGAAACAGUCUGAAAAAUUCUGAACUUUAUAAGCCAAAUUUAAGAUCUAAACAUUUGAGAGAGUGGAGUUCUCGAUCGAUACGAUCCAGGAUAAACAUGUCAAAAAUCCAAGAUUGCUAACGUAAUUCGUCACCCAUGAUAUUAAUAGGUAAUCAAAUGGUAUACUCGUGAAAUUAAGGAAUAAUUUCACUUGCGUAUAAGGAUUUGGACAAAAUGCGCGUGAAAUUAUUUCCUAAUUUCACUCGUCACCAUUUGAUUACACAUACUAACAUGUACAUGUGCUGACUUUUUUUCUCAUUCCUCAUUUUUUAUAUGAGUGAGGAUGAAAGGGUUUAUUGUAAAGAUUAAUGUAAAUUAAGAAAUGGUGAAAUAUUUUGAAUCAAUAAUAACAAUAUAAAUUAUGUCCUUAUUUUUACCUUGCAGCUUCUGGACUCUAUAGUAAGUAUCAUGAUUUAUCCCCUGAAAGUUAUUGGUACAUGUAGUAGAUGUUAUAGCUACAUGUAGGAUUCAGGGGUUUUGUCAGAUGAGGAAAAGAUAGACAAUAGACCAGGCGAUAUUGUGAUUGCAGUAAUGUCCAAAUGAAAAUGCGUUUCAUAAUGACCAAAGAAGUAAAGGAAGUAGAUGUGUUUGUUAAAAAUUGUGGCUACACGUAAGUGCUGGUUCUUGGUGAAGUAUAUGUCACUGAUGUUUAAGAACACUUUUCAAGGUUGCUUUUGACUAAUUUGGAGUCCACUCUCAUGGUCUAGAGGUUUUUUCAUGCCUGUCCAGUGAACAAAAUUGUUUCUUAUCUUCAGUCAAAUGAUUUUGUUUUUCUUAUUUUAGGAGUUGUUAAAAUUUGUGGACAAUCCAUUUGAAUGAUCACAUAUGUUUAUUAGGAGUUACUGAUUCUCUGUUUAUAUGGUCACUUCUGAAAUGUCUAUUAAUUUUUAUUGAUUGAUUUAUCAUUUUAUGAAUUAUUAUUUUACAGGCUACUGCUAUUCAGAGUAUUAUCCCAAGACAUUGUAUGGGAAUUAUGGAAUCAUAAAUUCCCAAAAUUGGCCCCAAGUUUAUCCACCUUCCAAAGACUGUUAUUGGAAAAUUGACGUUGGAGACAACAAUAGAAUUAAAAUUGCUUUCAUGGACUUUGAUCUAGAGUAUGAUUUAGGAUGUGGUGAUGACAAACUCAAAGUAAAAGGUGAGAAAGCACAUCGUUGUUUAUUGGUAUUAAGUAAUAUUAUUUGUCUUUAGAAAACAGGUCAUAUUAUUUUUAUGGCUCCAUGAAAUUUUUUUUUUGGGGGGGGGGAGGUGGGGUGCAUACAAAGAAGUCAGUUUUACAGCUUGCCCAAAUGGCAAGCUGUACACUAGCUACUGUAGUAGUUAAUAACCUGAGAGGCAUUUUAACCGGCUGUAAAUGGCCACAAAAAAUUAAAGGAAUUACAUAAUGGUGGUUGCUCAUGGGAGGCGGUCACUUACAAGAAAAGAACCAUGGGGUGUCUCCUCAGUUAAGAAAUCCCGACAUACCAACAUUGUAGUCAACUCUCUCAUAGUGUCCAUGCACUUCUCGUAAGCAUCUAUCUCCCAUAAGAGACCAAUUUUUAAACAAUUGUUUUGUGUCUCAGACAAAUACUAGCUAUUUCAAAAAUUCUCUUGUAAGUGACUGGUCAGUACUAAAUUUCUUAAACGACUGCGAUCCCCCUUAAGGCCAGAAAUUUGACAUUCCAGUUUGUCUUCUGUUUCUGGGAAGGGAACACUUAGCAUGAUCAUAUGAUUGUAAGAAACCAUUGCUCGAAUGUCACAAGAGUUCAGUUCUUAAGUAAUGGCACCGACCAAGCGUGCUGACAGAUUGUAGCCAUUGACUUACAAAAUAGUUGGCUUUUAAUAAUAAGAUCUGUGGGUAAAAAGUGAAUUGAUGCAAAAUGUUGUGUACAAAGUGUCAACGGUUCCAAGCACUAUUCGAUGUGACACUUUAUUGCCAGUUGUCUAUUUGACUAGCUUUAGCUUGUUAGGUACAUGAUGAUGUAUUCAAUAACUUUAUGUGAAAUUUACAUUAAUCAGUUCAGUUUAUUAAGCUUAUUUUCUUUAUUUUCCCCAAAGAUGACCACUUCCUGUCAUGUAGCAACCACUUAAGAGAGAGCUUUAUAGCUGACUGUAUUAUUUUGGUGGACAAUUGAUUGGGUGCAAUUCUAAGUUCCAUAGGUGGUGUUACUAAAAUUCGUCAUUUAUUUUAAUGCUCCAAGUAGCAUAGUUAGCACAUACAGUCAACUCUCUGUAAGACGAACACCUUUGGGACCGGCACCAGCUGUCCGUAUUAGAGAGAUGUCUGUCGUAUAAAAAGUCAAAUAAGGGGAGUAAAGAGAAGAGGGGACCAACUCUAGGUGUCUGUUGUAUAGAGAUGUCUGUCUUUAUUAUAGAGGUGUCCGUUAAGAGAGAGUGGACUGUACAGCAAACAAAGAGAUCAGACAAUGUGUUGUGGUCACUUGCAAGAGGUUUAAAACAAUGGAAUUUUAAUAAACCAUCAGCCUUGAAAAGUGAUCACGGUCGAAUACAGGAGGUGGUCGUUUAUGAGAGGUUCUAACUGUAAGGCUUUGACUAGGAGAGUUCCGGUGUUUUGAAUUAGAGGCGGUCGCUUAUGGGUGGUGGUCGCUUACGAGAGGUCCCAACCAUAGGGCUUUGACUGGAAGAGUUUCAAUGUUUCGAAUAGACAGCUGCCUAUGAGAGGUGGUUGCAAGUAUAUGUUCAACUGUAUGUAGUAGCAAAUGUGAUGCUCUUUAAAUGAUGAGACCUAAUACUUUUGGUAGAGCUGGUGGUGCUUUUAUUUCACUGUCAAACUAAUGAAACCAUGAAAAGCCUGAAAUCUUUCAGGAAUGUUUGUUGAGUCGCAGUAUGACUAGUCUGCUACCCAGCCAUUUUUGGAGGAGAGUUGCGUGACGACACUAAAAACGGCUGUGUAGCAGACUACACUAUGACCAGUCAUGCAAAAGAUUAGGACAUGGGAGCCAGCCGGUGUUGCUUGUCAGUUGUGGUUUCGGUUUUUCCACACUUGAUUGGAUUUUUUCUUGCAAAGCAAUAUCAUUCCAAAAUUAAUACUGGUGUGCACAGUUUUGUUAGUUGCUGUAACUAUAGUACUGUUCAAGUGUUCAUCCUAAUUAUUGAGCCAUGCAUUGUACAGUAUGACAUAUACUUCUCGUUGUUUAUUUUACAGGGGAGGACAGUUAUGAUUCAUAUGAUUCAUCCACCACUGUUAAAAGCUCAAUGUGUGGUUCAAAGAGUCCAUUCUACUUCACCUCAUCAUAUGAUAAAAUCUGGAUCAGAUUUAAAUCAGACAGCCGUAUUCAAGACCGUGGUUUUGUUGCUGGUUAUGUCCUUUACAAGGACUCAAGUAGGUUCUGCACUUCAAUUGAUAAUAAUAUUAUUACCUUUGAUAAACCUUUAUUCUUAAUUAGUAGAAUGGGGGCAUUCUACCAGAUAAAGAGAGUGACAUCAGUAGAAAGUUUGAUAUGACCUAAUGAGAAUCAUUCAGGGUCCUGUUUUGGUUAACUCUUGUCCUUGAUUUUAGUAGUUACCGUAUUUAUUCGAAUAAGCGCCCAACCUCGAAUUAGCGCCCACCUCGAAUAAGCGCCCAUCCUAAAGGCAGAAAAAGUUCAUAAGCGCCCAGCCUCGAAUAAGUGCCCACCCCCUCCUCCUCCCAAUCAAUUUCAAAUAGGCGCUCACCCCCAACCCCACCCCACCCACUUGAGUGAAUAAAUUCUAAUAAGAGCCUUUCCUGAGGAUGGAGAUUUCUUCAGAGUAUUUUACAGAAACCUUGCUUUGUUACUUCUUCGCGUUUUGUUAUUAGCAUUUGUUGUUUGGUUGCAAAAUCAACAUACUUCACUUGCUGAAAAUGGUGAAAAUUUAACAAGCACCCAGCCUCGAAUAAGCGCCCACUCUCAAGGUCCAAAAAUUAAAUAAGCGCCCAGGGCGGUUAAUCGAUUAAAUGCGGUAGUUGUAUUGCUUUCCUAUGUCUUUGUGUAAGGUGAUACUAUAAUAAUGAGUUUGAAACAAAUGGAACAUUUUAGACCAGAGAUUUUUCCACAUUAUACACAAUGCACCACUUCCAUUUUACCUUUAUUCAAAGGCCACAAUACUUGAACAAGACAACAAUUUUUCUUUCCUCACUGGUUAUUAUUUAAGAAACUAAGUUCUUAAUUCUAUGCAGGAAAAGAUUUAGCCUGCGUAGCAGGCGUCGAAAGAGUAGGGGUAAGGGGUAGGGGUAGGGGAUAGGGAGGAAGGGGAAAAGGGGAGGGGGAUUGGGGAUUUUCCCUCUCUCCCUUCCCCCUCCCCCUCCCCUUUUUACGCCUGCCAUGCAGGCUAGAAAAGAUUUGGAUGACUGACAUGUUGUGUAUUUUCAAGAUCAUUAUAUUUUCAUUUAUAAGUUAUCAUUAUAACUUUGUUCUCUUUUAAACAGCAAGUGACUCUUCUGACUCGGAUUCCUCUACCAGCUCUCCCCCCGGUAUUAUUACUGGGAUCAUAGUUGCAUUGAUUGUCGGUACCUGCAUUUUCGUCGUGUUUGUGUACCGAAGGAAACUUGCCGUGCGACAACGGCAACAUAUGAUGAUGACACAAGUUCAAAUACCUCCUCCACAAGUUGGAGUACACCACCCACCCCCGCCCUCUCAACCUGGAUAUGGACCACCCCCUCCUGUAGGAUAUGGUGCACCGCCUCCCGCUGGUGCUGUACCAGCCCCAGGAUAUGCCCCACCCCCCUACAGUCAGGUUGUGGCGGCACCUUAUCCUCAGCAAGGUCAGUUGUGUCACAAAAUAAUAAUUAAUUAAUUUAUCAAUUAAGGGACAGUGUUACCAAGAAUUACUACUACAGAAGAUUCAAUGCGACUGAACUGUAACUAGUUUAGCAAUAACAUUUCACUACGUCUCCGUGCACAAGGUGCAUGGCAACUGUUUCAGAAUUUUUUUUGCCUUAGGACAGGUAAAGAUCAGAAGUCAACGAGUUGUAUUCAAGAGAAAAUUCUGGUGUUACUUUGUGCCUACAAAGUUUUCUGUCGAAAAACCGCCCCUCCAAAUAUAAGUAAUUGGAAAAUUGCCCUCAAAUACAAAGUAAAACAAAGCAAAAACAGUAAAUUUACUUCCAAAUAUAAGGCUAGCCCAAUCGAUUUUGAGACGCAAAUUUCCCUCCGUAGAUAAGCCCCUCCGAAUAUAAGCCCCUCAAAAAGGGCCUUUGAAAAAUAUAAGCCCUGGGGCUUAUUUUCGGAAUUUUACGGUAUUGGAGAGGGGAAUUAGUAUAAUUUUUGUAAUAUGAUUGUGUUUUUACCGAUAUUACAUUUUCAUAAGGUAAAACCGGACAAUACCCUCCACCGCAGGGUGGGCCAGCACCCUACCCGGUUCAACAGGCUGCAGGAGCCCCACCCUAUCCCCCUGGUCAGCCAGUAGCAAUGGCUUCUUAUCCACCAGAGCAGCCAGGAGGGGCACCAGGCUACCCUACAGCUCCACCAGGGGGUGUGGCACCUUACCCUGCAGCUGCACCUGCAGGUACUACCCCCUACCCGUCAGCAGCACCUGGAGGCUCCUCACCCUACCCCCCUGCACCACCAGGAAACGAGCCUUAUCCCACAAAGCAAUAGGCUAUCAGGUGAGAGAUCAACCUUUGUCAUUUACGAAAUGUGUCCCGCAAUUGUUUCUGGGAUAGUUACUGAGGAUACGCCGGUCAGCUAUUGGCCAAUAGACCUUUUUACCGAUAUGGCGGCCUUAUUGAAUUUAUUCGAUUUAACAUUAAAAUGUACAUUUUAAUUUACCAUUUUGAACGUACCAAAAUUUGUCUUGGACGAGUUGGAAAUUGCACAACAAAAUUUGGCAUUUUUGUGGCCUUGUUAUGACCAAGACUAACAAGCUUCUUCCCCUGGACCUUUUUUGUCAAGUAUGCAUGUAGUGUCUGUCCUUUCUAAUUACAAAGGUCCUUAGGGCUAGCUCGGCGACAAAAUUAGUUGAGGCACUUCGCCUUAAAGGGGCUUUCUGAUGUUUUACUGACUUCAAAAGGGGAAAAUAAAGCUUUUCCUCCCCCAUCCCCACCAUUCAAUGUUGUGCCACUGUUCGAGCUACCCAUAGAAAACAACAAACACCCCAACUAUGAACGGAAGGGAGAGGGGAGGGGUGUGGGUUGUUUUGUUCUUUGAAGUUACCCUAUUUGAGUACAAUGUCUCAACAAUUUUGUCACCGAUUGUAGCUUGGCCAGAGUCUUCUAAAGUAAAGUUCAGGUAACUGGCAGGACUUCAAACGCAAUGUUAGACGAUCCCGGAGCCGACCGCAGACUAGGUAGAAUUACGUUUGUCUAAUUGGCUGCCUUCCAUACAAUCAUUGGAUGGUUUAUCUCGUAUUAAGAUCGCAUUCUUUUACACUGCAGAAAAGUCGGGUUUUCCCCCUCAAAAUUGGGUUUCAAUGCGCCAGCGUAAGAUUUUCGCGCCAUUAGGUCCUUUCUCUCCAGUCUUACACCUUUUUUCACCCUCGCUCCUGGACUGUUAUGUAGUCUACUCUCUCCUCGGCCUCAUCCACAAGAGAUCUGGAUACGAGAUUUCCCGGCCUCGUCCCCAAAAGUCGAGGUGAGCCAGACAAACCAUGUGAUGAUGUGGAUACCUGAAUCAAAUCGUGGAAUUUAUAGUCCAAUGUUGUCAUUGUAUAAGAUCGCCUGCUGCGAACAUCCUUUCUGAUUAAUGCAUUCUCUCUAAUCUUGCAGGUGUCGGAAUGUAUCUGACAUCUGAGGCCGAUGUUCAUAAAGCCGUAGGGAAAGUCAUUCCACAUGUCAGUUGCUACUACAAUUAGAUAAUUAAUAGAUUGUUUUGUACCCUGCAGGUCAGGUUUUACGGUGCCGUUAAAGGCACCUCGUCCCAGCGGAUAUAUCACGGGCUCUCUAUUCGACAGAAAAUUGCGGAAACGUUUAAGUUUUUAAAACUGUGAUUCACGCUAUUAAAAUUCUGGGAACAGAAUCGCGCAGAAAGCAAAAUUACACAAAAUACUGAAAGUUGUAAUUCCUUGCGUGGUUGCCCUCUUUUUUUGUUUUUGUUUGUGUUUUUUUUUGGGAAAUUUCAGACUGAUCUAAAACUUGCGGAACACUUAACCGGAAUUUUUGUGGAAAACGUUGAGCCCAUCAGGUGUGUGUGUGUGUGUGUGUGUGUGUGCGCGCGUUUUCUUCUUCCUUUUUUUAGUUUUACCCUUUUUAGCCGCACCGUCGCUAUUAGCCGAGGAAGUUUUAUUAUUAACUAGUGUAAUAAGCGUUAUAUAUGUCAUUUUGUACAAAACACUACAGUCGGUAGCACGGUAGUUAAAAAUCGUGUCACAUCUCAAAAGAUGUAACUUGUUAUGACAUAGAAUUUAAUUCUAAAUUUGGUUAGCCUGUUCCCCAGACCCGUCAUCGAGCGGGCAUAUGAAAAUACAAACCGCGGGAGAUUUAUUGUCCACGGACGCAAGGUCAGAACUAGCUGGCCAGACCACUUAUCUCGAAAAUGAAAUUCUAGGCUCUUUUGAGACUUAACGCUGAAACCCAUCGGAUCAUUCGUGCGUACCACCAUUUAGGAAUAGACUGAUCUGGCUGAAUAGUCCUGAUUAAUAAUGGAAUUCCCUUUACGACUGAACUGGUCCCCGGAGGGGGGUAUUCCCUAUUAUGGCCUCUGCGGGGAGGCUCUAAUGUAUAUGAAAGGGUAGGGAAAUCCGUCAUUUAUUUUGGGGCUGUAAAAGGGCGCAAAAGGGCUAACCUUUGAGCUAGCAGGUGCAUUUUAUGGCUUUGCAAAAGUCGAGGAAAUAUUCUGGUUUUGUGAUUUAUUCAUAUUUUGGAGACAGUGCAUUUACAGCCCUUAAAAGGGAUGAAAAGUUCUAAACUAGGUAUGCGAAAUGGGUACCUUUUCCUGUAAAAAAUGUUAUUUAAAAGGGAAGGGGGUUGAACCUCAGGCAGGGCGGAGCCUCGCCAUAUAAAACUUUAUCGAGUUGUCCCCCUAUUUCUGACUAAUGAUAAGGGCCCUUUGUUUCAGAUGAAGAAACCAUAUACUCAUUCAUUAUUUAUUCUCACACUUUAAGUGCUGGAUGUGAGCAUACUGAACAGAAAAUUUUUCUAUACUUGUUUCUCUUAUAUUUCAGAAUUUCCUAUAAUUAUUGGUCCUAUAGAAGUGGUCAUUUAGAAGCUGAUCACAUAUCCUAACUAUGUACACACUCCUUUAUCUAGAGGAUAAUUGUUGAAAUAAUGAAUCGGUAAAGUAAGAAUACAUUAGAAGUGCCGUGAUGUUGGUAUUGACUAAUAUGAGCUAAGUAUCUUUAGGGCUUAAGGUCUGCUUUUUUCUUUGUAUUUAAAGUACGGCGUCAUAUUGUGCUACUGUAUGAGUAAUAAAGUCGUAUUACACCUUGACCUGUGUGGAAAUCUUUACUUCUAAACAAGAAAUAGUGUUAAGAAAUAAAUGAAAACAACGGUGUUGCGGUUUAUGUUGGUAGCUCCCUGACCGUGCACAGUCCUUUGUUUUCUGUUGACA